UCUUAAGAUAUAGUCGAAACACACGUUGCAACUACUGCAAUGUGAUUUUCUUUUCAUGUCAAUAUUAGUAAUAUACGUCGAUCUUUGGGCUAAUUUCGACCAAAAAAAGACCAAAUUUCGACCUCGAUUUUUGGGCUAAAAGACGGCCAGGACGGGCCGACUUGAUUUAGCCCCAAAAAAGACGUCCAAAUGAGGUCUAGUGCUGGGUGGGGGGGGUUUGUGGCGCGUCACUUCAAAGCGCCCACGCUAUGAGUUUCACCUCUGCUCGCCUAAAGUUGAACUUUAUAAAAACUAAUAAAACUUCACAAAACAAUCUGACUUCUGAAAAACGUGAGAAGGAGCUUUUUUAAUAUGCACGCGCAGAUAGCUGCACCACUGCACGACCAAAGUGCGCCCUUUAGGUCCGCCCUCUCGUAUUUCUUUUCCGGUGUGAAUUACAAUUUCCGUUCAUCUGACUAUAUGUAAUCUCGGAGCGUCACCACAGGAAAUAUGUGGUGACUGCCGUUCUUGUAAGCACAGUGUAGGUAUGAAUUUAGAUCUUUUGUAUUUGAAAAAAAUCACUCCUUUUUGCCAGAGUAUGAAAAAGGGUUGAAAUAUCGCGAUAGAUAGCCAUAUCGAUUCCCCAUCCACCCCUACUGCUGAAGGAUUUAAACGUCGUCCACAUUUAUACCAUAAGACAGUAUCAAACCGAAAGUAUGAUUACAAUAGUUCAUCACUCGAUGUCUGUGGGUUUUUGGGUUUUUGGUAAAUCACCCGAAAUAAAGCAUGUGGUAAACAAAACCUUUGAACUUCAAAAAAUAUUUUCACGUUUUAAUCUAUGACAUAAAACACACCAAUUAACCCGCUUGUGUUUUUUUAAAAGCCUUAUUGUGUCCAAAUAACGGCGGUUGCUAACAAGUUGCUAAAAGUGACCACUUCCUUUGGUGGGGUAGACGUCAUAGCGCAUGUAGAGCUCACAAAUAAUGCAACAUGGGCACAAAUCUCAAAAAAUGUGGAUGCAUUCAUAGAGUAAUUACUCAUCAGGGAACACAUUUUUAAUAAAGUUUAAAAGAGUUGUCGGAGGCUUGGUGGUGACGUUGAUUUAGACCGACCUUAAGUGUAGUCUGUUAGCAUUGUGUAAGCUUUUUAUUUCUACCGAUUGCAUUUCGGCUUCAAGUAACAAAUGUGGUGUCAGUUUGUAAAGAUGAUCUUGAUAGACAAAACAAGUAAGUGUCAUAGCCCUUUAAACACUGCUAGCACUUCCUUUGUGAGAUUUUCCCAAAGUCUAUGGGAAUGCAUAGGCUUUUGAUCGAGGAAAGCCGUGCGUGCGCAGCCAACUUCCGGGUUGGCAAACAAAAGUGAAAGUGAGCUAUUUGUCAGGUAUGGUGACACAUCCCAGACCAGACAAUUUAACCCAUCCAGUGAGUAGUGAACACACACACAGCAAGUGGUGAACACACGUACACCCGGACACGUACAGUGGGCAGCUAUAACUGCAGCGCCGGUGUACGCAGUAUGUCCGAAAUGUAGUCAUACUAAACCCUCAAUUUUCAACCUUUAUUCAUUUGACAUUACGAUUUAUUUCCCCCACUCUGCGACAUUACUUUUUUUAAUGUUUAAAUGUUUUUCUCAAAAGCUUGUUUUUUCCUCAAUAAUACAAGUUUCUUAUCAAUUAUUGUAACCCAUUUUACUAUUUAAUGAAAUUGUUCUCACAGUUCACAGGGACAGACAGUGUUUAAAGAUGUUAUUUAUUGGGAUGUGCAUUGGAAUGAUAUGCUCUCUGAUUUUAUGGUCUCAAAUGGGUAAUGAAAGAAAGAAACAAUCUCCACACAGCUUUAUGCUUCAGCACUUUGCAAAACAUCAUAACUCCAGCUCCCCUGUUGAAAUGAGUUCAGAAGAGUCACCAACAAGCUCAUUUUACUCUGAAUUUGGAAUCAGUUCAGAAUGUUACUCCAGUUUACAGCAGGCGCUUUACUGGGCUGGACCAGACAGAUCCAUUACAAAUGUAUCCAUGAGUACAAGUCCAGCACACUCCACAUUCACCAUUCAGAAUCUGAAAGACAGCUACCAAAUAGGGGAGGAGCUUUAUGUUAUGAUCCAUGCGAGAGAUUUUAAAAAUAAUAUCAAACCUUAUGGAGGGGACUUCUUUCAAGCCAAGCUGUUUUCAUCCAAAAAGGCCAGUGUGUUUGGGGAGGUGGUGGACUUGCUCAACGGCUCUUACUCUGUGCGUAUUCUUCUGCCGUGGGUGGGGCAGGCACAGGUUGCUGUGCGUCUGAUCCACUCCAGUGAAGCUGUGCAGGUCCUCAAGCAUCACAGAGACACAGAUUCUGACAGAGUGUCUUUCUUUGGAUACUUUGAAGGACCAGGACCAAAUGGGAUCAAGCUGAAAGAAACAGUGUUGUGUAAUAUGAAGUCAGAUAAAAAUGGAUUAGAAAGACUCAAAAAUGGAAAUUGCUGUUGUGAAUAUAAGGAUUCUCGCACUGGAGUGGAAUGGCGCUGCCAGAAACCCAAAUCUCUGCCAUGCAGUGCCCGUGUAUACCACUCUUUUGCAGAGUACAUCAACCACGUGACUGCUGAAGAAGCAAUGUUUUUGAAUCCAAGUAACAAAGGUAUCAAUGGACAAAAAAGCACAAUCAUGAUUCUUCCUUCGAAUGGAAGUACGAGUAUUGAUGUAAGAGAGAAAUGUCGUCCUGGUUUGCACUCACCUGUUCCAUCCGGCUUUUACCUGAAAGAUGUGUGGACGUCCUUUGUGUGUAAAACUCGUCAAUUUACUACUCAAACAACAACACAGUGUCUGAAGGACAAACACAUCUAUAUGAUGGGAGAUUCUACAGUGAGACAGUGGUUUGAGUUCUUGCUGAAAGCUGUACCAACUUUGAAGAGGAUGGAUCUGCAUGUUUUAUAUCAGGCAGGUCCUCUGAUAGCAGUGGAUGUGGGGAACAACAUCGACUUACACUGGAGAGCUCACGGUAUUCCUCUGCGGUGUCGGAAAACUGAACUUACAAAUCUUCACUACACCAGUAAUGAGAUUGAUGACCUGACGGGAGGACCUCACACUGUUGUUGUAUUUCAUCUGGGGAUCCACUUUACGUCGUUUCCUUUUGAUUUCUUCACCCACAGAGUGUUGGGGGUUCGAAGAGCUGUCCUAGAUUUACUACAGCGAGCACCAGCAACUACUGUUAUCAUCAAAACUGUCAACACUGGAUUUAAGGAUGUGUUUACCAGCGACUGUUAUUCUCUUCAGUUGGACAGAAUUCUGCGGUGGGCUUUUCAGGAUGUUGGUGUUUAUAUUUUGGAUGUAUGGCAAAUGACAUCCUGUCACUACAACGAAGAGAACAUUCAUCCAGGGCCUGUCAUCAUCAAAAAUGAGAUUGACAUUUUACUUUCUUUUAUUUGCCCUGAAUAAGUUUUUCACAGCAUUUGGAGACACUCUUUUUAAGUAAUGUAAAACUUUUUUUUGGUUUCUUAAAUUAACUCAAUUACAAUUAGCAUAAAUAAUACAUUCAAAAACAAUACACUUUUUUGUUUACUUUCAGAGUCCCUGAACUUUUAUUAAUGUAACUUAGCUUUCAUGUUUAUCUUUAACAGUUUGUUCACUGAGUGAAAUAAUUAAUGUUGGUUAAUAGAUAAUAAUAAAUUCCUCAAUAAAAACGUAUUGGUAAAGUAUCACCAAAAUAACAUA